AUGGCAAGCGUGCUCCUCGCCCAGCAGUUCCUGGACGAAACCUCCUGCCCCAUCUGCCUGGACUAUUUCACAGACCCGGUGAUUCUGGACUGCGGGCACAGUUUCUGCAAAGCCUGCCUCACCAUGUGCUGGAAAGAAACCCAGAGACCGGCAUCUUGCCCCCAUUGCAGGCAGGUAGCCCAGAGAACCAGCUUCAGGCCGAACCGGCAGCUGGCCAACGUGGUCGAAAUAGCCAAGCAGUUCAGCUCUCAGGCGGAGACAACCGAUUGCGAGAGACAUGGGGAGCCCUUGGAGUUUUUCUGCAAGGUUUGUGCAGCCCCCAUCUGCAACGUCUGCAAGAGGUCGCAAGAGCACAGCGAACACGCCUUGAUUAAUCUGGACCAGAUUUCACAGCGGAUGAAGGUAGGAAAUCUCCUUCAAGCAUCAAUUCUCAGAACUGUGUCUUAGGUUGCAUGAGCACUCUACCUGGAAAGCCCAUUUUCCCCUUCAAAGAAUUCUGGGCGUUGUAGUUGGUUCCUGAGAGUUGUAACCCUGCGUGGGGUGAACUAUAGCGGCCAGAAUUCUUUGAGGAAGGAGAUGUGCUUCAGAGGUCUAGCUUUAAUCCUCACCGUGCUAUGAUGUAUAGAUGGUACCUAACGCCAAGCAAAUUAGCCAAAAUAUAUCGUAUUUUUUGCUCUAUAAGACGCACCAGACCACAAGACGCACCUAGUUUUUGGAGGAGGAAAACAAGAAAAAAAAAUUCUGAAUCUCAGAAGCCAGAACAGCAAGAGGGAUUGCUGCGCAGUGAAAGCAGCAAUCCCUCUUGCUGUUCUGGCUUCUGGGAUAGCUGCGCAGCCUGCAUUCGCUCCAUAAGAUGCACACACAUUUCCCCUUACUUUUUAGGAGGGAAAAAGUGAGUCUUAUAGAGCAAAAAAUACGGUAUAUAAAUCAACGUCAGAUCUUUGUUGGAAAUGUAAAGAAGUAGAAGUAUUGUAUAAAUAAAAGUUUGUAGGGAGGUAAAAAGAAAUUAUAUAAGAAAUAUGUAACUGGGCGGUAUAAAGUAAUGGAUAGAUAAAGUACAGUGAGAUUAAUUGGAAGUCAGUUUUAAAUUUCUUCUCUAUAAGUUUUAUAAUUGUGUUCAAUACCAGGAGUAUAUACGAUGAGAAUUAUAUUAAUCUUCUUAUAUCUUAUAGUGUGGUGGUUUGUUUGAUCCUUCUGUUAUUUGUUUGAUUGACUGUAUGCUUGUUUACCUGUAUAUACAGCUGUUUUUUCAUUAAUGUGUUUAUUUUAAAUUAAUAAAGAUACAUUUUUUAAAAAAGAAGAAGAAGUAGAAGGCUCCUUUUACCACAUGUGGCGGACGCGCAAAGUAGCUAAGGACUUUUGGGAGAUUGAUUUAUAAUGAGUUGGAAAAGAUAUUUAAGGUAGCUUUCCCAACAAGACCGGAAGUGUUGUUGUUUGUUUCCUAAGGUUAACUGGAGCAGCCUUUUCCAUUUGCAGCUUCUGCUUAAAAGGGGGUAGCUGAGUCACCUCCAAAGUGCACAUCUGUCCUUUAGCAUGAGAAAAGUUGAGCUACAACACACUUCACCCCUGAGAAUAAGGCCAGGGCAAAAGGUUAUUGCAGUGAUGGAGAAACCUGGCCCUCCAGCUGUUUUGGGACUACAACUCCCAACAUCCCUAGCUAACAGGACCAGUGGUCAGGGAUGAUGGGAAUUGUAGUCCCAAAACAGCUGGAGGGCCGAGUUUCGCCAUCGCUGGUUAGCGGUUUCCAAAGAUGGAUUUGUUAUCAGUAGGAAGUGGUGUCGUUGAUUUUGCGGCUUAAUUCUAUGUUUUUAUAUUGUAAAGUGCCCUGUGAUCUUUAAAUCUUCAGGCAGAGUGUAGCGUUUAAAUUUAAUACAGUGGUACUUGAGGUUACAUAUGCUUCAGGUUACAGACUCCGCUAACCCAGAAAUAGUGCUUCAGGUUAAGAACUUUGCUUCAGGAUAAGAACAGAAAUCAUGCUGUGGCGGCGCGGCGUCAGCAGGUGGCCCCAUUAGCUAAAGUGGUGCUUCAGGUUAAGAACGGUUUCAGGUUAAGUACGGACCUCCGGAACGAAUUAAGUACUUAACCUGAGGUACCACUGUAGAUGUAAUAAUUAAUUGCCAAUGGAUUAUGUAGUGCGGAGCCUACUAAUAGUUCUUUGGUGAUGGAAGGAAUCGGGAGGAAGGAUUCCACUUAUAAAUGGAAUUAAGAUUUAUUAAGGAUUUCUGACUCUUAAUUGUUUCACAAUGGCGCCACCUGCACAUUUGGAGCACUAUGCGUUUAAUACCAUUUCAACAGUCAUGGCUGUUCUGGGGGCUGAACGUUGUUAGGAGACUCGCUCUUCUCCUCACAGCUACAGUUCUCAAAAUUCCCAGGGAAGAGGGAUUGGUUGUUAAACUAGGGUUCUCAUAUUUCAAAAAAGUGAAAAUCUGGACACAAAGGUGUUGAGGUGUGGGGUUUUUUGGCAAAAUCUCCAAAAAUAUUUUAAAGGAAUUUCCCCCUCAGGCAUUGUAGACUUCUGGAAUUGUACCUCUGAGAGGCGAAUGAAGGGGUCUCCAAACAGCUCUCAGCACCCUAAGCAAACUACAGCUCCAAUAAUUUUUUUUGGGGGGCGGGAAGCCAUAACUGUUUAAAGUGGUAUGGCAGUACUUUAAAUGGGGAUAAUGACAACAGCAAAAAGACCCUUUCUUUCUCUCUCUCCACACACCCAUCAAACUUCUGAAAUGAGGAAGCUUGUGGGGCAAAACUGGGUUCUUGAAAAGUGUGGUUAAAAAAAAAAAAAGACUAAUAGCAUGUACACAUACCCCACAAAUGAAUAAAAAUGAACGCUCAAUAAAGACUGGACAUAAGGCACUUCCAAAUGACUUGUUUAUUGAGCAUUAAUUCUGAUUUGUUCGGAGGCUAUUUGAUUAGCGUUAAUUCCGGUUUAUUUCUGGGGAAGUUCAAUGACUUUUAUCCCAUGCUUUCCAGUGCAUUUCCUUGUCACUCUCCUUAUUGCAAAAAUAAAAAUAAAUCCAAUAUUUUGUGGGGGGAAUUGUGUCUGGGCAUCAAACUGGCUGAUUUCUCACAGCUCAAAAAGCCUCAUUUUGUUUUCCACAGCAAGGAAUCCCGACUCGGGUGCAGUUUCUGGUGAAAGAGAGACAAGUGGUUAGGGAAUGGAAACGGGCUGAAGAAGAGAGGAUCAAGGCAUUUCCGGUAGGUCUUUGCUGUUAUAGUUCCCACACUGGGGAUGAGUCCUGGCUGGACAACAGUUCUGUCAUCCUGGAUAUGUAUCCCGGCAGAUAUAUCAGGCUGUGUUCACGUUUGUUUGUUCUUAAUGAUUUUUAUUAAGUUUCUAGGGACACGGGUGGCGCUGUGGGUUAAACCACAGAGCCUAGGACUUGCCGAUCAGAAGGUCGGCGGUUCGAAUCCUCGCAACGGGGUGAGCUCCCGUUGCCCGGUCCCUGCUCCUGCCAACCUAGCAGUUCGAAAGCACAUCAAAGUGCAAGUAGAUAAAUAGGUACCACUCCAGCGGGAAGGUAAACGGCGUUUCCGUGCGCUGCUCUGGUUCACCAGAAGCGGCUUAGUCAUGCUGGCCACAUGACCCGGAAGCUGUAUGCCGGCUCCCUCAGCCAAUAAAGCAAGAUGAGCACCACAACCCCAGAGUUGUGGUCAGGGGUCCCUCUACUUUUACUAUUAAGUUUCUAGCAAAUAUAACACCUAUUACAACAGAAACUCAAGAGACAAAAUUAAAAAUAUAAACAAAAAAGAUAAUAAGAAAAAUAAAAACACAUAUUAACACACACCCAAACCACACAAAUUAAUUGACUGUUUAAACUUCUAGCAUCAUUAACAUCAUUUGGACUUCCUCUGAGCCCUCCCUUCUGAAUUUCCUUGUAUUUAAAUGUAGCAGUUUUCCAAUAUCAUUAUUAAAACACAACAUUCCAAUUAAAUUCUAAUUUGUUAACUUUUCUUAAAGUUCAGAUCUCAGUUAUUUUACCAGUGGCGUAGCGUGGGGGGUGCAGGGGGGGCUGGCCGCACCGGGUGCAACAUCUGGGGGGGGGCGCACUCGCACUCGCAGCUCUCUGCCCCUACCUGGCUCACUCACUCUCUCUCACUGCAGUGCUGGCUGUGCGAAUCCGAUCCGAGCCGCUGGGUCGCCGCCCACUGUGGAGGGGGGGGUGCCAGGCGUGCGGUGCGGAGAGAGAGCGAGGGACUAUCUGGGGGGGGACAGUGCAGCGGCCGCCCAGCGCAGCGCUGAGCGCAGGAGAGAACCACACCAGACCAGACCAGGCAGCAGCAAGAAGAAGCUGGCAGCGGCGGCAGGUUAGGGGUUAGGGGGCGCAAAUUACUUGCCUUGCCCCGGGUGCUGACAACCCACGCUACGCCGCUGUAUUUUACAACUCUUACUUUCUAAUUUCUUAGUUUCUAAUUAGUACUUUCAAGUAGUUUCUAAUUUUUAAUAUUAUAAUAUUUGUUCAAAUGGUCUCUAAAUUCCUUCCACUCUUCUUGAUGUUCCUCUUCUUUCUGGUCGCGGAUUCUUCCAGUAAGGUCAGCCAGCUCCAUAUAUUCCAUCAUUCUCAUCUGCCAUUCUUCCACAGUUGGUAAUCCUUGUGUUUUCCAUUUCUGAGCUAUAAGAAUUCGAGCAGCGGUUGUGGCAUACAAAAAUAACUUUACAUCGUUCUUGGGCAUUUCAGAACCUAUUAUCCCAAGGAUAAAGGCAUCUGGUUGUGUUCACGUUGUUAGGAUAUUUCCGUUCCACCUUAAAAGGGAGCAGGCUUUGUGAGUCACAGAGUCUGCGUAUUUUCUGUUCACAGGAAGUUUAUGUUUGUACAUUGCUUUCGUUUUUCUCUCUGUGCCUGAGACAUCGAAGCAGGCAGUCAUGUUUUUUUCUUUGCUCUGAUCAACGCUGAAUAAACUUGUAAAUAUGCUCUCCUGAGUGCACCUUUCGUUGUGCGAACUCUGCUGAUAGAGCGUGCACGAGCUCUGGAACGUGGAAAGCUAUUUCUGAGGCUUCGUGUUGCUAAUUGACUGAUACUGCGUAUCUACCAGAGAUCGAUGGAUUGUCCGGCAUCGGCGUGGGGGCAUGAUGGAAUUUGUCUCCCUGGCAGUAUCCCAACACACAUUUCUGCCUUGUUGUUGUUGUUUAGUUGUGUCCGACUCUUCAUGACCCCAUGGACCAGAGCACGCCAGGCACUCCUGUCUUCCACUGCCUCCCGCACUUUAGUCAAACUCAUGCUGGUAGCUUCGAGAACACUGUCCAACCAUCUGUGCUGGGUGCCCAUUUGCAACUGGCUCAGUGUGUUCCUGUGUUAAUAUGAAGAGCCUUGAACAUCUUGCGUCCAGCAUACCUUAAAGCAGGGCCGGCCCAGGACAUUUUGCCAGCCCUGCCACCAAGACCACCCGAGCCCUUCUAAUCAAAGACGGGGAUAACAUGAGGGAGCAAUGUUAGUUGUUUCAAUGGCUUUUUUCCCCAGCCGGAGCCCGGCUUGGGAAUCUCUCAAGUGGGCGCCAUUCUAAGAGAACAAGGGAGAAGUUCGUGGUGAGCUUCCAGCACCUCUUUUUCUAGAAAAAUAGCACUGGUUGUUUCCCAUGUUAGAGAGGCCUGGCAGACCUCCACAAGAAAUCAGGUGUUUCGUGUCGCAGAUCCCAUGUUGUGGAAUGCUAUUCCAACAGAUAAAUGGCAGGCAGCCUUUGCAGGGCUGGAUUAAGACCUUUCAAGGCACUUAAAAAUUUUUGGUGCUCCCAUAUACAGUGGUACCUCAGGUUACAUACGCUUCAGGUUACAUACGCUUCAGGUUACAUAUGCUUCAGGUUACAGACUCUGCUAACCCAGAAAUAGUGCUUCAGGUUAAGAACUUUGCUUCAGGAUGAGAACAGAAAUUGUGCGGCGGCGCGGCAGCAGCAGGAGGCCCCAUUAGCUAAAGUGGUGCUUCAGGUUAAGAACAGUUUCAGGUUAAGAACGGACCUCCGGAACGAAUUAAGUACUUAACCCGAGGUACCACUGUAUAUCUAAUUCAAAAUAUAAACACGUAAACCUUGGUGAACCGAGUGGCCGUUUUUACCAGUUACCUGAUUCUAAUUUUGUUGCAUUCCCAAGAUUAACGUAUAUCAUUACUCUCUAAUGUUGCUAGCUAUUUAUUUAUUUAUUUAUUUAUGUAGUGUGCACUGUGUGUACAGUGGUACCUCGGAAGUUGAACAGAAUCCGUUCUGGAAGUCCAUUCGACUUCCAAAACGUUCAGGAACCAAGGCGCGGCUUCCGACUGGCUGCAGCGGAAGCUGCUUCAGACGUUCGUGUUCCAAUGAACGUUCACAAACCGGAAGAGUCACUUCCAGUUUUGCGGCGUUCGGCAGCCAAAGCGUUCGACUCGCAAUGCGUUCGGUAGCCGAGGUACGACUGUAUGUAAAUUUUUUUCAUUUAUUGUGAGAGCCUUUCCCCCCCAGCUUGCACCAUAAGCUCCAUGGUAAAUCUGGCAACGGAAAAAUUUCUGCAGUGUCCCCCUUCCAAAGUCAGUACAGUGGUACCUCGGGUUAAAUACGCUUCAGGUUACAUACGCUUCAGGUUACAGACUCCGCUAACCCUGAAAUAGUACCUUGGGGUAAGAACUUUGCCUCAGGAUGAGAACAGAAAUCGAGCUCCGGCGGCAGUGGGAGGCCCAAUUAGCUAAAGUGGUGCUUCAGGUUAAGAACAGUUUCAGGUUAAGAACGGACCUCCAGAACGAAUUAAGUACUUAACCCGAGGUACCACUGUACCACAAACAAAAAUAAGGUUCAUUCUUAAGAAUCCUGUGGAAGUUUACUGCACUGUGGUAUGUUAAAGAAGCAUUAUAUGUAGAAUUCUUUUGCAGUAUCCGUCGCAGGCCUGUAGCUAUGCUCCCUUGAACGGCACUCAGCUUCCACCUCUACUCCCUCCCCAAUUUCUAUUUCCCCUUCAGGCGGAGCUAGAGGAGGAGAAGAACAAGAUCACAGGCGCUUUUGAGCAAAUGCAUAACUUCCUGCAUGAGCUGCAGCGCUUUUGGCUGACUGAGCUGGAGGAUCUGGAGAAAGAGAUGAAGACGAAAAAGGAAAGUAAUAUCGUCAAGCUCUCACAGGAUAUCGCCUUUCUCAGUAGCCACAUCACAGACAUGGAAAAGAAGCGCCAACUGCCGCCUAUGGAGUUCCUGCGGGUGAGACAGUCAAACACAAAGGCAGCUCCCUGAUCCCGGGAGUACGGGUCCCUGGUGAAAUAUACUCAGAGUCAAGAGUAGAUUUCAUGCUCUUUAUUCAGCUCAUAGUGGUGAGGAGGAAUGAAAGUUCCCCCAAAGUAUCUGCUUUAUAUAUAUUAUUUACACAAUGGGCUGCACGUGAUUGGCUAAUUCUGGAAUUCUCCUGUAGGCCAAUCAGGUUGUGGAUUCACUUCUAUCUGGAGCAUGAUUGGGUGGUUCCUGCCAACCAAUCAUACUGCUGCAUUGUUCUAGGACCAAUCAGACUGCUGCAUUCUGAAUCCUAUUGUUCUAGGACCAAUCAGACUGCUGCAUUUUGGAUCCUAUUGUUCUAGGACCAAUCAGACUGCUGCAUUUGGAUCCUAUUCAACUCAGUACAUAACACCUGGGGAGGACACUUGGGCUCUGUACAAACUUAUUAUCCAUUUGUUGCACAAAGGAGUAGCUUUUUCUCAGUGUGGAACCAUGCAUGCUCAUCCUCAACAUUCUGGUUUCAGUCCAGGUUGCUUCUAGAACCUUCCAUCCCCCAAAGUGGGUGUGAUUACUUGAUACACAUUUGAAGAUGCUCUUUUGGAUUAGAUUUCUCCUGACUUUUCCUCCCUGCCCCAUAUCCCAGGCGAACGAAAAAGGAAUUGGGGGUUGAAAUCUUGGUGUACGCCCAGCCACAGUGACAUUGGGCAGGUCCCAGCCCCCAUUGCUGGGGCUGCCUCUGUCCAUUUUCAAAUGGAGGGGGGCGGGUAACGCAGAAUUGAUCUGCGUUAAGCUUUUAUUUUGAGAACGAAAGUGAUGUGUGAAAAAGCGCUUUUCCCAGGGCAACGAAUGUGUAAUAGGUCCAGGUUGUGUAUGGACUACUUGAUAGAAGAAAAUACAGUCUCUGUGUCCAUUGAAUGUACAACGUUUCUGUGUGCUCUGGCUUCCCUCACGGUGUCCCGUUGCACCAGAAGCUGUUUAGUUAUGCUGGCCACAUGACCCAGAAAGCUGUCUGAGGACGAACGCUGGCUCCUUCAGCCUCAAAGCGAGAUGAGCACCGCAACCCCAUAGUUGCCUUUGACUGGGCUUAACCAUCCUGGGGUCCUUUGUUGUUGUUUAGUCGUUUAGUCGUGUAGGACUCUUCGUGACCCCAUGGACCAGGCACUCCUGUCUUCCACUGCCUCCCGCAGUUUGGUCAAACUCAUGCUGGUAGCUUCGAGAACACUGUCCAACCAUCUCAUCCUCUGUCGUCCCCUUCUCCUUGUGCCCUCCAUCUUUCCCAACAUCAGGGUCUUUUCCAGGAGUCUUCUCUUCUCAUGAGGUGGCCAGUAUUGGAGCCUCAGCUUCAGGAUCUGUCCUUCCAGUGAGCACUCAGGGCUGAUUUCCUUCAGAAUGGAUAGGUUUGAUCUUCUUGCAGUCCAUGGGACUCUCAAGAGUCUCCUCCAGCACCAUAAUUCAAAAGCAUCAAGGUAAAGGGUAAAGGUAAAGGUAAAGGGGUCCUUUACCUUUUUAUAAUAUUGUGUGCAUGGAGCCUUCCAAGAAAAGUAAUAUCCAAUACAGUCAAACCUCGAGUUGAAUGUGCUUUGGGUUGAGCGCGUUUGAGUUGCACUCUGCGGCAACCCGGAAGUAACGGAGCGCAUUACUUCCGGGUUUCACUGCUCGUGCAUGCGCAGACGCUCAAAAUGACGUCACGCGCAUGCGCAUGCACAGACGCACCGUUGCAUCUUACGUUCCGUUUGGGAUGCGAAUGGGGCUCCGGAACGGAUCCCGUUCACAUCCCGAGGUACCACUGUAGAGCAAAAUGCCCUGUUUGUGUUCUGCCUGUGCAGCUGAGACCCAUUUCUCUCACUCUCUCUUUCAGGGCCUUGGGACUACGGUGGUCAGGUACGUGGCUCUUUCUCAGUCUCCUUCCUAUUCUUUUCCAGUGGCUGGUCACCCACAUUGGGUGCUGUUGUUGCUGCUGCUGCUGCUGUUUAAACCAUCUCUUAGGCUGACCCACCUUCCUUACAGGUUUGUGCUGUGGAAAAGAAAGCGGACAGUGCUGGGAAUCUCUACAGGCAUGGAAGAGAGACUCAUAAGUUACACUCAGAAAAAUUCAUUUCUGAAGGAUACCAUGGAGAAAUGCAAAGGUAUUCUUUGGGGUCGGGGGGUCAGUUCAUGGAAUGAGGAAGGACGCUGUUUGUCAGGCAGUUCCGCAUCUCUGUUGGUUGCUGCGAAAGUCAGAAUUUUGCUAAAGAGGAGCUGACUCUUACCUGGAAUGAUCCAGCGGGUCUCGAAACACAUUUCCCUCAUUCCAUCCACUUCCUAGAAUUCCUUUGAUGCCGUGGCCUCCUUGGCCGUGCACACACUUAGCCAUUUGUAGCACAAAAAUGCAGUUGAUCUCAGUCUGGAAUUUUUUCCUCCUCGUCCUCAACAUGCUGUUUUCAACCUAGAUGGAUUCUAGAUCCUGCCAUCCCUAAUGGGGCGUGUGGUUACCGUCUAGGUGUUCGAAAACCCUUCCCUUGAAUAGGUUAUCCAUGCCUUUCCCUCCCUGAACAUGCCCCAGGUGAGCGAAGAAGCAAGGAAGCGGUGUUUGUGAUCUUGGUAUAUACAUGGCAAGUUCGCACAGAAUCCAUUUGCGAUUAUAUUUUUUUCUCCACAUACCAGGGAUACUCUGAAAAGGAGAGGGGAUGAGAAAACCUGGGAUUGGGGAAGGCGAAAGUGUGGGGAGGUGCUGAUUUAGAGAAGACCCAUCAUAUGGAUUGACGGAACCUUACGGCCCACAUUAAACAACAGUAUGGACGAGCCCUUAGCUGAGAAGAGGAUGGAGAGAAAACUAGAAAUAGUUUUCUUUGCUUGUCAUUGACUCUGGCGCCAUCUGUUUGCCUUUAUGCCUGCCUACCCCCCAUUCCCAAUGGCAGAAAUCCACUGCUGAUCUAUGAGCAGAACGUGUGCCAAUUUUAUUCACAAUUGUAGUUUUUCUUUUUAGGCGAUGCAUAUCCUUGUUUUUCGUCCGUGAGUAAUUGGCCACCUGACCCAUCUUCUGCCCCCCCCCCCAUUAUAUCCACGAUAGGCCUCAUUAACCAAGAAUUUAGUAUGAGGGUGGGGCUUGGGGGGCAGGGACGGUUAACAAAUGAUAUACUUGAUGGACUUUUGACCACGUUUUUAAUUAGUUGCUCUUUCUUCUGUGUAACAGAGCUGCUGAUGCAGGCACCGAACAAAGGUAAACUAUCUGUAAGGAAUGGAAGAAAAGAAAAUGUUCACCAGUGUCAAUCCCUCAUUCAAGUAUUUCAACUGGUUGCCUUCAUUUUUCUUUUAUUUAGUUUGUUAAAUUUAUAUACCCAAUCUUAAUUAGAAUAUCUCAGGGCCUUAGGCGGGUGGCUUGUUGCAACCCUCUUCGGGAAAAGUCAAUUUAUUUCCUUUCAUAUGAACAGAAAUUGGGCUCAUUAAUGAGAGGACAACUAAGAUGCUUGAUGGCAGGGAUUCCACAUGUGGUAUAGUCAGUGCCUGCUUAAUCCAGAAUGGGGCAGCUAGACUGGUGACUAGGAGCAGCUGCCGAGACCAUAUAACACUGGUCCUGAAAGACCUACUUUGGCUCCCAGUACGUUUCUGAGCACAAUUCAAAGUGUUGGCCUUUAAAGCCCUAAACGGCCUCGGCCCAGUAUACCUGAAGGAGCGUCUCCACCCCCAUCAUUCAGCCCGGACACAGAGGUCCAGCGCCGAGGGCCUUCUGGUGGUUCCUUAACUGAGAGAAGUGAGGUUACAGGGAACCAGGCAGAGGGCCUUCUCGGUGGUGGCACCCACCCUGCGGAACGCCCUCCCCUCAGAUGUCAAGGAAAUAAACAACUACCAGACUUUUAGAAGACAUCUGAAGGCAGCCCUGUUUAGGGAAGUUUUUAAUGUUUGAUGUUUUGUUGUGCUUUUAGCAUUCUGUUGGGAGCUGCCCAGAGUGGCUGGGGAAACCCAGCUGGAUGGGCAGGGUAUUAUUAUUAUUAUUAAUAAUAAUAAUAAUAAUAAUAAUUUAGGAAUGUGGGACUUCCAAAAUAUCCAUAUGUGAGUGGGGGUCCACAGUGCCUCUCUGUCCUCAACCUGCCUGUAAUUGAAGGAGUGGUCCUUUCCACUCUUUGCUGGGCCCCAGAAACAGGCCUGGAGUGUUUUCGAGUCUCUCUCUAGUAGUGAGACUGAGCCUUCACCUGGCAUCAUCAACCACCCAACCUCCUUUGUCAUAUCCUCCUCCUCUUCUUCUUCUUCUUCUUCGCAGUGAGCAUCACUCUGGAUCCAGGAACCGCCCACUCCUUUCUUGUUGUAACCGAGGACCUGAAGACUUUGAGAAGAAGAAGGGAAAUGCAGGACGUUCAGGACAACCCUGGGAGAUUCGACAGCAUGCUCUACGCGCUGGGCCAUGCAAAAUUCACCUCAGGAAGAUAUUGGUGGGAGGUGGUGGUGGAAGAGGAGAAGGAGGAAAGGGAACGGGCCAACUGGGCCGUAGGGGUUGCAAAAGAGUCUGUCAGGCGCAAAGGCUUUGUCCGCAUGAGUCCUUCUGAGGGGAUCUGGGCCAUUGGGAAGGGAAAGGAUGAGUCAGCCUCAUCUGAUCCCUUCUGGGCUUCAACCCUCCCUGAGCGGACCCCUUUGAGCUUGAGCUAUGAGCCCAGGAAGAUCCGGGUGUCCCUAGACUAUGAUCAGGGCUGUGUGGAAUUCUAUAAUGCCCACACCGACGACUUGAUUUUCAAUUUCCAACAAGCCUCAUUCUCUGGGGAGAAGGUCCAGCCCUUUUUCCAUGUUUGGUGGGGAGCUGGUCUGAAGUGUUGA